CACCUCGGGGUCCCAUUUGAUUGGAAGGCGGCAAAGGCUUUAAUCUCUGCACUAAUUCAGAGGCUUUUGAAGUGUGUUUCUUUGGCAGUACUCAUCCUGGCAGCACUACGACUCGCACUGUGAGCUCUGCUUGAGGAGUGGCUGCGGCGACCACGCUGUAUUGGAGGGAUAGUUUGUGGUGUGGCCUAAUGCAGAGCUGGAUUGUAAAGUGUGUCUCGGCAGGACAAUGAUUCGUUCUAUUUAGAUUUAGUCUACGCAAGAAAAAAACACAAGCACAGGCAAUUAGAUCCCAAUAUAGUAGCUGGAAUUCCUGAAUAAUAUUAGGUUGAAAUGUAUAAGGCGCCUCUACUGGAUAUGGACAACCUACAUUGUAGCUGAAAGUAGCCAGUGUUGUGUACGAAUGUACUGCGUUAUAGCUUCUAGUAAGCAUUUCUGGAUUAGAACACAUUGCGUUGCUGCUUCAGGGAGGCACGCCUGAUCACUACCCAGUGCAAUCUGUAUUUUCUCACCGAAUCGCUGAGCUAGUCUAAAAAUCGAUCCGAUCGCACUGAUCACUAUUUCUAUUGUGUCAUAGUUGGCUAAUCUCAUCGGCGCAACCGUGGUCUAGCACCCGUGGAUCAUAUCUCACCUCCCUGCUCCCAAAUGUCUGUCUGGGGGACAUGAUCAACUCGCCACUGGGUUCUGGAAGUCGAAUUAGUCACUUUAACCCAGAGAGCAGAGGCAAAAGUGACGGAAAAGCUGCAUUCUCCAGCAGAGCCUUUGUCCACGCCGUCCCUCCCUGCGAUCCCCUGCGGCAGGCCGAAAGGCUCCCUAUUAAGGUGCUCAAGAUGCUAACAGCCCGGAGCGGACACAUCCUGCACCCCGAAUACCUUCAACCUCUGCCCUCCACCCCAGUUAGCCCUAUUGAGCUGGACGCCAAGAAGAGUCCCCUUGCACUCCUGGCACAGACCUGCUCACAGAUCGGGAAGCCAGACCCUGCACCCUCCAAGCUUUCAUCAGUUACUGGCGCCUCUGCGGGAAGUGAUAAAGAGUCAAAGUCCGCACCACUGAAACUUAGCGACAUAGGGGCAGAAGACAAGUCCAGCUUCAAACCCUACUCCAAGCCCCCAGAUAAGAAGGACCAGUCAGCAAGUGACAAGUCCGGAUUCCGUGUACCUAGCGCUGCCUGCCCACCCUUCACCCCUCGGACUGUCAGUCCUGGAUCACCUCGCACACCACCCCCGCCCUCAGAGCCCAAGGCCUCCAUGGAAUGCUCAGACAAGAAAGAGGUGGAACAGUGUGCCAAGACUGCGCCCCCUGAUGGCGGUGCGCAUGGACGGCUAAAUGCAGAGUUGUCCACCCACAGCGAGGGUACGGCAGGAUGUAAGAGCAUGUCCGCUGCUCCAUCACCCACAUCAGCCUCCUCUUCCUCCUCUUCAGGCUCUGUGCUAGGCUCUGGGCUUGUGGCACCUGUGUCACCCUAUAAACCAGGUCACACGGUCUUCCCACUGUCACCUGCCAGCAUGUCCUACCCGGCCACCCUAGCUGGGGCUUACACUGGGUACCCUCCGCAGUUCCUGGCUCAUGGGGUUUCUCUGGAUCCCUCCAAGGGGAGUUCAUUGGUGGGGGCUCAACUAAGCACGCUGGGGUGCACAGGCAAGUCCGCAUCUUCUAGUCCUCUCACCGGGGCCUCUCCUCCCUCUGUGAUGACUGCUAGCCUCUGCAGGGACCCGUACUGUCUCGGUUACCACUGUGCCUCUCAGCUGGGCGCAGGCGCAACGUGUGCGCAUGAUCUCAAAUCUGGAUACCCUUUGGUAUACCCUAGUCACGCCCUCCAUGGGGUAUCCCCACCAUCCCACCAUUUGUAUCCUUAUGGUUUCAUGUUGCCCAACGAUCCCCUACCCCAUGUCUGUAACUGGGUAUCGGCCACAGGCCCCUGCGAUAAGCGCUUUUCUUCUUCAGAGGAGCUUCUAGGUCACUUGCGGACUCAUACAGCCUUUCCAGGGGCCGCAGACAAGUUGCUACCGGGAUACCCCAGCUCUUCCUCUCUGGCAGCUGCUGCCAUGGCCUGUCACAUGCACAUGCCUCCUACAGGAAUUUCCCCGAGCCCACUUACCCUGCGCAGCCCACACCACCACCCAUUGGGACUCAGCAGCAGUCGCUACCAUCCAUACUCCAAAAGCCCCCUACCUUCAGGGGGUGCGCCAGUGCCAAUGCCAGGAGCCACAGGACACUACUACUCACCCUAUGCCCUUUACGGGCAAAGACUCACAACAGCAUCCGCGCUGGGGUAUCAAUGACUAGGAAGUAAUUGACUUAAAUAUAUCGGUGUUUUACACGGAAAGAAAUGCGAUUUUUGUUCAAUUUGGGACUGGAUCCUCGGACAAUCUAUUUAUUUCUGUUAGCUCCAAGCAGGACGGCCCAUAACGUGCAUGGGUAAAGGGAAGUUCUCCAAGAAGAGUUAUAAAUAACCGGGAUAUACAGUGCAUUUUCUGUUAAUGUUAAGUCGAAUUUAACAACGAAUAUAGUUAGACUAUACCAUUCAUCGGUAUUAAACCCUAGCAUUUUCAAUUCAGUCUAUGUUUGUUUUAAAAACAGCUUUAUGUCGUAAUUUCAAUUUCAAUUAUUUUAAAGGGGUAUCAUAGUAAAAAAAUAUAUUAUGGUAUUUUUUGUUUGUAUGCGACAUACAGAGAAAAUGCCUUUGUUUGCCUUAUUUCAAAACGUUUGCUCUGUAACACCCUUUUAAUCAGAAUAUGUUCCAGGUACACAACUGAAAAUGCUUUCCUUUACCAACAGGGGAGGCGGUUUGUUUUCUGUGUUAAAUUAUUUUGUUUGUAUUUUACACAGGGUUGAACAUGUUAUUUGGAUUAUGGGACACAAUUCUGUCCGUUUUACUCAAAAGCAUUUUAUUUAAUUUACCAGUUAUCCAAAAAAAUACAUCCCUGCUUAUUUUCCACUUAUGUUAAAUAUAAAAAUUAAAAAUAUUUAUACUAA